AUGAGCAGCCGAACCACCGGCGGGAAGAGCUCCUCCCAGCGAGCCUUUCUGGUGCUGAGUCGUCAGCUGCGUGAGCUCCUCCGCCACCCGAACGACCACUUCAGCGUGGGCCUGGUGGACGAGGCGAAUGUCUUCCUCUGGGAGGUGCUCAUCGUCGGCCCCCGGGACACCCUCUACGAGGGCGGCCUCUUCAAGGCGCACCUCACCUUUCCGGGCAACUUUCCCGACAGUCCGCCCUCGAUGCGCUUCCUCUCGGAGAUGUGGCACCCCAACAUCGCCCGCAACGGCCUGGUCUGCAUCAGCACCCUGCACCACCCCAAUGCGGAGAGCUACGGCUACGAGGACGCCUCGCAGCGCUGGUCGCCGGUGCACUCCGUGGAGACCAUCAUCAUGUCGGUGAUCAGCAUGCUCUCCGAUCCAAACGUAGAGUCGCCCGCCAACCUCGACGCCGCCAUUGAGAUGCGCCGCAACUACGAGGCCUACAAGCGGCAUGUCCGCGCCCUGGCGCAGAAGACUCUCAUCUAG